AUAUUUGAUCAAAGAUAGUCGCAUACACUCCAAUUCGUUUUGAUUUCAUGUCAAUGGAGGCCACCGCUAAACCUCAACAGCCGUCACUCUCCUUACCAUGGAAAACCCGCAUUAUUCUUUCCGCUCUCGCCGCUAUCACCGACGCUUCUUGCCGGAAAAACGGCACAGUCAACCGUCGUAUUCUCAGUUUAGUCGACUUCCGUUGCCCGCCGACGUCAAAAUCAGUCAACGGCGUAGCGACACACGACGUGGUUGUAGAUGAGGCUCGUAAUCUCUGGUUCCGAGUCUACGUACCUACACAACACGCCGGUGAAAAUCUCCCGGUGAUGAUGUUCUUUCAUGGAGGCGGAUUUGUCUUACUCUCCCCCGAUGAUCCUCCUUAUGAUGCUGUGUGCCGCCGCUUUGCAAGAAAAGUGCCGUGCGUCGUUGUUUCUGUGAACUAUCGGCUUGCCCCUGAGCAUCGGUAUCCGGCGCAACAUGAUGAUUGCUUCGAUGUGCUGAAGUUCCUUGAUGAUGAAGAGAAUAGGUCUAAAUCAUUGCCGGAAAAUGCAAAUCUGUUGCGUUGCUUUCUUGCUGGAGAUAGCGCCGGUGCAAACCUAGCUCAUCAUGUUGCUCAACGAGCCUGUGAAUUCAAAUUCGAACGACUCAAGGUCACCGGAGUUGUAGCGAUUCAACCAUUCUUUGGCGGCGAGGAGCGGACUGAUUCUGAGACCCGCCUCGCCGGAACACCAUUAGUUUCUUUAAAACGAACAGAUUGGAUGUGGAAGGCAUUUUUGCCAGAAGGGGAAGGAUUCAAUCGGGACCACCCAAUCAUCAACGUUAGCGGCCCAAAGGCGGUGGACUUAUCGGAAAUAAAACUGCCGCCAGUCAUGGUGGUGGUGGCGGGAUUCGACGUCUUACGUGACUGGCAAAUUAGGUACUAUGAGUGGCUGAAAAAGUCAGGGAAAGAAGUUUGCAUUUUUGAGUACCCAAACAUGUGCCAUGCUUUCUAUAUCUUUCCGGAAUUGCCUGAAUCUGGCCAACUUAUUGACAAAGUGAAAGACUUUAUUCAUAAGAUAUCGAGUGAUGUUGCCACUUUGUAACAAAGUAAACCCAUUGUUAAUAAGUCUUUUUUAUUACAUAUGCAUUAAUAAUUGUACCAAAGUCAUUGUAUUGAACGAUUUGAGGAGUUUGAAACGUGGUUCAUCCAGCUUUUCCCGAAUUGUAGAUUAGAUGAAAAAGACAGUUUUUGUUGUUUCUGUAGAACUGAUAUGACGUGCCAUAUGUACAAAAUAACAAUAUGAAUAUUUCCCAA